AUUUGCGAGUAGAGGGUUUGUUUAGAGUUCCAGGCAAUAGUGUCCGACAGCAGAUUUUGAGGGAUGCUCUCAAUAAUGGAACUGAUAUUGACUUGGAAUCAGGGGAGUUUCACUCAAAUGAUGUUGCUACUUUGCUGAAGAUGUUUCUGGGAGAGUUACCAGAGCCCCUGUUGACACAUAAACAUUUCCAUGCACACCUCAAAAUUGCUGAUUUGAUGCAGUUUGAUGAUAGAGGAAACAAGACCAAUAUACCAGAUAAGGAGCGGCAAAUUGAGGCUCUUCAGUUGCUCUUCCUCAUUCUGCCUCCACCCAAUCGGAACUUGCUGAAGUUGUUACUUGAUCUCUUGUACCAAACAGCAAAGAAACAAGACAAGAAUAAAAUGUCGGCCUAUAAUCUUGCCCUGAUGUUUGCACCCCAUGUCCUGUGGCCAAAAAAUGUUACUGCAAAUGACCUUCAGGAAAAUAUCACAAAGCUAAACAAUGGGAUGGCUUUUAUGAUCAAACACUCCCAGAAACUUUUUAACGCUCCUGGUUAUAUUCGGGAAUGUGCCAGAUUGCAUUAUUUGGGCUCCAGAACUCAAUUGUCAAAGGAUGACCUUGAUCUGACAGCUUCAUGUCAUGCUAAGUCUUUCCAGCUGGGAACAUCUCAGAAAUGGAACCAGGCAUAUGCCUGCUCUCAGCAGGAGGAGGUCCAGCAGCGUACAGAAGAGGCACUGAAAGAGCUCUUCCAGCAUGUCCACAAUAUGCCAGAGUCAGCAAAGAAGAAACACCUUAUUAGACAGUUUCACAAGCAAUCUUUGACCCAAACACCAGGACGAGAACUUUCUACUCCCCGGGUACAGAAGAGGGCCCGUUCACGCUCCUUCAGUGGGCUUAUUAAGCGUAAAGUCCUGGGAAAUCAGAUGAUGUCAGAAAAGAAAAACAAGUACCCUACUCCAGAAUCUGUGGCCAUGGGUGAAUUGAAGAAUGCCAGCAAAGAAAAUAUGAACUUAUUAUUUUCUAGCUCUCCCACUGUCGUGAUGACACCAACAAGGUUGAAAUGGCCUGAGGGGAAGAAAGAGGGGAAAAAAGGAUUCUUCUGAAGGAUCUAGCGUUCUCCUGUUGUCCACCCAGAAUUUAGUGGGCCAGGUGUCAUUUCUACUCAUAGUGAAGCUUGGACUUGCAGCUUGCUUGCUGCUCUUUGAACUGAGGAAGCCAACUAAUCCUGUGACCCAACUGAUACCUCUAAUCCUACUCACUGGAUGACAUUUGCAAGCUGUGCCUUCAGAGAGUGCUAGGCUCCCUCUCUCUCUCGUCUUUAAUAUUAUGGGAAAACCACUAACUGGCCAACAGCAUAUAUAGUCAGUAAAUGGGCAGAAUCGGGGUGCUCCUGUGCUCAUUCAGUGUUUUAGGCCAGUUCUAUUUUUAAAAACAUGAAACAGCUGCCAUUUUUAAAAAAAAAGUACUAUCAGGGGCUGGGG